CUUCCGCUCUCGACGUACGCGUGCGCGUGUACGUCCUACUGUGUAGUGUGUGGUACAGAAAUGUGAUAUUAUUUUAUUCUGUGGCGAUGUUUACAUAUUGUACGAAUGAAUCGUCAAACUGGCACUGACGAUAUCGACACCCGGAAGCCGCUGCAGUAGUGUCACGUAUUAUGUGUAUUUUGUAUAUAUUAUGAAUAGGAUAACGAUAAUAUUAUAGAAUCGCCGUAUACAAUAAUAACAGAACAGAUCUAUAGGUAAAUGCGAUGGGCGGAGCGGCGGUUACGGCGAACGGCCGCCAGACGCCGCCAGCAGCAGCAGCAGCUGUGGUGAGACGGUGUGGAAACUAAAAAGUAAAAAACCACCGUAGGUACGGAACGAGCAACGAGGUUUCUACAAUAAUAUAUAAAAUAUUUAUGCGCAGAGGGAGACACUGCCGCGUGUGCGUGAAACGGAAACGAGGAAAAAAAAAUUACAAAAAAAUUGCAAACGAAAGACAAUAAUAAAAUGAUAAUUGCAAUAACAAUAUAUUUACGGCGACCGUCGCCUGUUCCAGUCGACCACCACCAAAUCUGCGUCGGCGGGUGGGCGGCGGCGACGACACACCGUAAUAUUUAAUAUGUAUCAUUCAUGUAUAUGAUAUUAUGCAYAGCGCGGCGGAUGACGAUAUACGCUCACGAUAUCUACAUGUUCAAAUAAAUAUAUUUAUGUGCACGGUCCGCCGCCGAGCACACGCGAAUUAUCCGGCGCGCCGUCAGUGUUGUCUGCGGCGUCUUUGGCGUACGUCCAUAMACGGCGACCCCACGACUCUUGCGGAACAACAGCCCCCCGCGAAACAACUACCGACCAGACUGUUGUUAUACUGCCGCCGCCGCCGUGGUUUUUAGCAGUGGUAGUCGCGCACCCGCCUGCAACCUCCACAGUUCACGCCGACGACAGUCGUGCACGCACGCACGUCGCCGCCGCGGUCUUGUUGCACGUGCUUAUUUUUUCUCCGAUCAACCCUCGGGUACCCUCUGCGAUAAUAAUACAAAUAAUAUAAUUAUUAUUGAUAUCUUCGUAACUGUACCGGAACCAGAACGCCGCCAAGAUGUUGUACCAAGAAGUAAACUCCGGAAAAAUAAUGGAUUUAGACGAGAUCCUAAGCAACUUUGGAUUGGGCUCAUAUCAAGUCACCGUCUGUGCUCUGAUGGGGCUUGUGCUCAUGUACUCGAACAUAUCACCGCUUAGUUACGCCAUUACAGCCGGUGACCUUAAAUACAGAUGCGAAAUUCCACAGUGCGACAUCGACAACCCAAUUUACGAUCCGGACUGGUUAAACCGGUCGAUACCUUUCAACGAAAAGACCAUAGAGCCAUACAAAUGCCUCAAGUACCACUACCGGAGUACCAACGGGACGGACGUCUCUGCAAAUAACACGUGUAAUUUCGAUGCAUUCGAUGUCAAUUCGAAAGAGAAGUGCAACAAAUGGGUGUUUGGUGAAACGGAAAGAACGAUAGUAAACGAUUUUGGUAUUAUGUGCGAGGAAAACAAAUGGAAACUCAGCAUGGUGGGAACCAUCAACAGCAUUGGUCAAUUUAUCGGCAUUCCUUUAGCAGGAUUUAUUUCGGACAAGUAUGGACGGAAGUUUAUCUUAAUUAUAGGGUCAGUUACGUCAGCCAUACUCGGCACGGCCCGGUCCUUCACUACCGAUUACUAUUCAUUUCUCAUUUUCGAACUUUUGGAUUCCAUGGCUUCUAGUGGAGUGUAUGGAGCCACAUUUGUAUUAGGUCUAGAAUUAGUCAGUCCGAAAUCGCGGGUUACCGUCAGUACUCUGAUGGGCUGUUUCUAUCCCAUGGGCGCGGUUAUUAUGGGCUUCGCCGCUUAUAUGAUUCUCGAUUGGAGGGUAAUGCUUAGGGUACUCUACUUGCCCGGAUUACUUAUAUUAGGAUACACUUGGUACGUACCAGAGUCCAUGCGAUGGCUUCAAACGCAAAAUCGAAUCGAAGAAAUGGCCAAAGUUCUGUCAAAAGUUGCCAAAUCUAAUGGCAAAACACUACCGUCUAGCGUCAAAGAAGCACUGAUCGCCAACACCAUAGUCAACGCCAACACCACGAAAGAGGCCGACGAAAUCCAAUUGUCUUGUAGUAAAUUGAUGAGUAAAAUAUUUAGUUCUAAAGAGAUUUUCCUGCGGCUGAUCAACUGCUCGUUUUGCUGGACAACGAUUACGUUAGUUUAUUACGGUCUCUCAUUAACUUCUGUGGAGCUCUCCGGUAACAAAUACUUGAACUUUAUGCUUGUUAACAUUGUAGAAGUACCAGCGUUUUUGACAUCGUGGUAUUUCAUGGAACACUUUUCCAGACGAAAUACUCAAGCGUUUUCAUUCCUCUUCAGUGGCAUCGGAUGUAUUAUGGUGAACGUAAUACCUAUGAAUUAUCUGUGGACGAAACUAUUCUUGUUCUUGAGCAGCAAGUACGCCAUCACCAUGGCAUUUAAUACUAUGUACGUGUUCACCGCAGAGAUGUUCCCCACCGAAUUACGUAUGUCAUUAUUCGGCAUAGCUUCCAUGUUUGGUCGAAUGGGUUCCAUGUUCGCUCCACAGAUGACGCUGUUGAGUACCUAUUUUGGACAAUACGUGCCGAUCAUGUUGUUCGGAAUCAUAUCAUUUAUGGCCGGGGCGUUAGCUUUCUUGUUCCCGGAAACAAAAGAUCAAAAAUUACCCGACACAGUUAAACAAGCUGAAUUCGUUGGAGAGGUCUAAAAAGAUUCUAAGUGGUUCGUAAAUUCAACGGAAGUAUAACGCUAGAAUACACCGGUUGCAGUCGUGCCUUAUGACAUUUGUACAUAUAAGUUUUACUUUUAAUGAUGAUUCCAUGUGUCUCAUAACGUAUGAUUUAUUUUUAUAAUUAUCUAACGCUAAGCAAUAGUAUUUUAUAAACCCUAACUGAAGGAAACAAGUUUCUAUAAUCUUUAAGUUCACAUCAUUCAUAUAUGUACUAACUCCACUAAUUGUGUAUGAAUGUGUACUCUUUACAUAAUAUUGAAUUAUUUUAAAUGUAUACAUAUUACAUAUAAUGUAAUGGUAAAUAAUAUCUCAACAAAUUCCAUUUCAUCACCCUUUUUUAGGUGUUCUUUUUUAUAUUUCUGAAAUUACUGUGAUAUUAAAUAUGUAUUAAUUACACGAU